AUAAAUUAAGUUGCUGACAGAAGAACGAGUCGCAGACUUUCUACACCAGCUUUCUGAACUGCACCCAAAGGAGUUCAUCAAAGAACCUCGAUUGCAUUAAUACAGGAUUCUCCAGCUUUACAAAGAGAAAAUGGUGGAUUAUAAAGUGACUGUGUUCACUGGCACCCGUGUCACUGCCACAACUUUAAACAGUGUCUUCAUUAAGCUGGUGGGCACGGAUGGUGAGAGUGAUAGCGAGAAGCUCAUCAAAGGGACUACAGUGAUAGGAGCAGUGUCUGAUUUUACCAUAUCCUGCCCUGUCUCCAUUGGAGAGCUGGUCCUCAUAGAAAUACAGAAACAGCGACUCACAGUGUUAACAGGCGAUGACUGGUUUCCUGCCAAGGUGGAAGUGCAAUCCCCUGAGGGAAAUGCUUAUACCUUUCCCAUCUACCGCUGGAUCACUGAUAGUGAGGUGCACCGCUUCAGAGAGGGAAAAGCUCUGAGAGUCUUCGAUGAAACACAUCAUCUUGGCAAGUACGAUCGAGAGCAGGAGUUGAGGAAGCGAGAAGAAGUCUACUGCUGGGAUGUAUAUGCAGAGGGAAUACCCCACACAAUAAAGGCAGAUGACCCUCUUUCUCUGCCCCCUGAGGUCCGCUUCUCCUUCAACAAGGAAAAAGAAUUUCGCUUGAAUCUUUCGACAGGGGUGACUGAGCUGAGUCUGCAGGGGUACUAUGACAACAAGAAGAACUGGGAUGAUAUUGAUGACAUCGAUCAUGUGUUCUGGAGCAAACGGACUGCGAUAUCAGACUAUGUCCAGAAACAUUGGAAGGAGGAUGCUUUUUUCGGCUACCAGUUCUUAAACGGUGUCAACCCUAUUUUGAUCCGACGUUGUACAGCUCUGCCCGGGAACUUCCCUGUCACUGAUGAAAUGGUCUCCCUCCAUGGUCAGUGUAGCUUGGAGGACGAAAUGAAGGAAGGCAACAUAUUCCUGUGUGACUACAAGCGUUUGGAUGGAGUGGAACCAAAUGUCAUCGAUGAGAAGAAGCAGUACUUGAUGGCUCCCCUUGUCCUUCUCCACAAAACACCUAACGAUAAGCUGAUGCCAAUUGCUAUUCAGCUGAAGCAGACUCCAGCCGACGACAAUCCCAUCUUUCUUCCUACUGAUGAGUGCAACUGGUUGAUGGCCAAGAUGUUUGUGAGAAGUGCAGAUUUUCAUGAGCAUCAGUACAAUGUUCACCUGCUGCGCACUCAUCUGCUGGCUGAAGUGUUUGCAGUGUCACUACUGCGCAAUGUGCCCAUGGUGCAUCCACUGUACAAGCUCCUCAAACUUCACACUCGCUACACUAUGCAUAUCAACGUCUUGGCUCGACUUCGUCUAAUAUCUGAGGGGGGACUUUUAUCAGAGAUUUCAGCGUGCAGUAGAGAGGGUAUGGUCGCAUUCCUGAAGAAAUCACUGUCCACCAUGACCUACAGCUCCCUCUGUAUACCAGAAGACAUCGCUGAGCGUGGGGUGGAGGCUGUGCCGAACUUCUACUACAGAGAUGACGGACUCAGGCUUUGGGCUAUCAUCCACAGCUUCGUGCAGAAAGUGCUGAGCUACUACUACAAGAAUGACGCUGAGGUCCAACAAGACACUGAACUGCAGAAGUGGAUUUUGGACAUUUUUGAACAUGGAUUCCUUUCCCAAGCAUGCACAGGAAUUCCAGAAAGGCUUUCCACCGUAGAUGAGUUGGUCAAGUAUGUCACCAUGGUGAUCUACACCUGCUCUGCACAGCAUGCUGCAGUGAAUGGUGGACAGUAUGACUAUGGUGCCUGGAUGCCCAACACUCCCACCUCCAUGCAACUUCCACCAACCACAAAAGGGACAACGAUGCUGGGGACAAUCCCUAACAUUAGCACAACAGUUAAGGGAAUGGUGGCCAUGUGGCUACUCAGCCAGCCACCUUCUGACUUUGUCGCUCUUGGUGAUUACCCGGAGGAACAUUUCAAUGAGGAAGUUCCCUGCGAGGCGAUAAAGGAUUUCCAACAUGAGCUUAAAGUGUUAAGUGCAGCAAUCAGAGUAAGAAACACGAGCCUGGAAAUCCCAUACACAUACAUGGAUCCAACAGAGAUGGAAAACAGUGUGUCCAUUUGAAUGGUGAGACCUUCUGAGCUGCCAAAUUCAGCUUCAUAUUAACAAAAGUGAAAAAAGGAAGAACUGCAUGUUUUUAACUGAUCUGUGAUUGUAAGCAGUCUAUUUGAUUUAACUGUGGUUAAUAAAUUGAAAUGCAUAAUAAAUUGACUGCUGUAAAUUAUAA